CGGAUCCAUGGCACCGGACCGGGAGGCAACUGCGGGGGCGCCGCUGACCUCGCGCCGCAUCUGCUUCACUCUCUUCUCGUACGUGCUCUUUUUUACAGACAUUCCUCGGAGCGGACUCGGCUACGAAACGCUGCCGUACCCCCUCUACUCGCAAGUUACCGAGACCAUCUACUCCAGCUGGGGACCGUACGACUAUAAGAUCAUUGCCAUCACGCGCAACAGCUCUGGGUCGCUCGUCGCAUCCGAUGGAACCACCACCGUCUCUGGCGCUACGAUCUGGAGCUACAAGUACGACACGUGCUCGAUUGGCCUGCGCGCACUCGUGCAGCACUUUGCGAUUCCUGGCUGGAAUCCGUGUUUGCUGUACGCAACACAUUGUGCCAGCGACGCUGUCGUCGACGCGGCAUCGCUCUUUACGAUGCUGGACAACGUCGUCACGACGAUUGCGGGGCUGAACGACGACGGCGCGUCACUCCGACUGCAGUACAUGUACAACGACGUGAUCCACGACGCGGCUUCGUUCACCAACGCCUUUAUGAACCGCGAGCUGCGCACUGUGCGGGCGUUCCAUCUCGCAUCGCCACACGAUCUCUGCGACCCGCAUCGCGCAAGACGGCCGUCCUUUUGCGACCAGGCGUGGGCUAAUUUCUCGAGCCUUGCGCCCAGUGCGAGCCUGGAAGGCGUCGCCAAGGCCAUUGAAGCUCGGUUUGCCGCCAAAGUCGCGACACUGGAUGGCGUCCAGCAAAUCGCCGAGAUGAUUGUGCUCGAGUGCGCGGCGGACUUUCGCCCGUGGGUCGGCGGCAUCUCGCGCGCACAGCCCCAUGAUUUUGAUGUCGUGACCUUUUUACGGGUGCGCAACUGCUCGACGACCUGCAAAACCGUGUACGUCGACGACUUUCGGUACGAAGGAUCGCUCUUCCGCACCAACGUCGUCUAUUGGUACCGUCUCAUUCGACUCCUCCGAUUGGUCGGCCAAACGUACAACAUUGUCCGCACCUUGAUGCUCUUUUUUGGGUGCUACGUGGCCGCCGGUCAGAAGCUCCGGUCCGCGCUGCGUCUCUUUUUGUCGAUACCUGCCCAAGUGAUUAUCUAUGGCAGCUGGUUGCCCGUCGUCGUCUUUGCACUAGCGCACGCGAUUGAUAGCGCCAUGGUCUACUGCGUUGUCUACCGCGCGUUUGCGACGCUCAACGGCGAUUUUGCUUUGAGCGGGGAAUUCGCGUAUUUUCUGACGCGGGCGCUGACGUGUCACAUGCGCAACCUCUGGGUCUUCUCGGUGGUCACCAAGAUGCUCUUGUACAGCUCGACGUGGGUUCGAACCCAGCACCUCCUCGGGUUUCGCGGCUACGUGCUCGCACUGAUUUCAUUCUCGGCCAUCUUUUUCGACGUGCGACUGCUCAUGCUUCGAAAUGCCAACGUGCUCUUGCACACGCGGGUCGCACCAAGCCAAACGGUGCAGCUGAUUCGGUACCAGCACACGCUGCCGACCAAUAGCCGCCUCUGGGGACUCUACCUCGACGCCACGAGCCUCGUCCUCUCGUUCUUCGUACUGCGCGUGCUACUGCGCCUAUGCGGUGUCGCUCGGCUUUGCGACUAUACGUUUGUGCCGUACGCAGCGACAGCAUACGCCAACACGACGCUCUUCAGCGCCGCGUGGAGCUCGCUCUUUGUCAGUCUCGAUGAUCCCGUGUCGGUCAACGCUGUCGUUGCGCCGCACUGGAUUCUCUUCCCAAAGCUACCGCAGCACGUGCUUAUCAAUCUUGUGUGGAUGACGGACCCGAUUGAGUUCGGCAGCCAGUACUGCCGCACCGUGCCGCUCGAAAAAGGGCGCGUGUAUGUCUACCUUGAGCGAGUCUCGGGCAAUGUGCUCUACCAUCCGUGGAGCGUCAACGAACUCGAAGGCGUCGUCGAAGAUGUGUCAAGCUCGGUGCACCUACUGCGCGUGGACCGCCUCUGGGAGCUGCCGUGGAUCGAUCGCAUUCACUGCAGUUAACGAGGACCCUAACCCUAUGACCACAUAUCAGCUGAUGUGGCUCGCAGGAGGAACUUGUUGAGCGUGCGAGCACCAGUGCGACCUUGCUCCUUGGAUCUCCA